GGGACAGCAAUCCCAGUCUCGGGAGCCGAAGCGAAACCCACGGGAGGAGAAGGCAGGCGAAGCGAGGCGUCCCUUUCGCCCAUGGAGCCGGGCUACUGGGCGCACCAGCUGGGCAACGCGGCUGCCCGGGGGGACGUGCAGGCCGUGAAGAUGCUGCUGGAGCGCGGGACCGACCCCAACGCGGUGAAUUUCUACGGCAGGACCCCGAUCCAGGUGAUGAUGAUGGGGAGCCCCCAAAUUGCAGCACUGCUUCUGGAGGCAGGGGCCAAUCCCAACAGGCCAGACCCCUCUGGCUUCCUCCCAACCCACGAUGCUGCCCGGGAGGGCUUCCUGGACACCAUAAAGGUGCUGCAUCAAGGAGGUGCUCGCUUGAACUUGCCUGACGCCCAAGGCCGCCUCCCCAUUGACCUGGCCCAAGAAGAGGGGCACAGCCACGUGGUCCAGUUCCUCUUGAGCCAAACCUGAGCUCUAUUUCUUCUUGGAAAACUCUACAGGCCCUUCCACACAGCCCUAUAACCCGGAAUAUCAAGGCAGAUGAUCCACAAUAUCUGCUUUGAACUGGGUUAUCUGAGUCCACACUGCCAUAUAAUCCAGUUCAAUGUGGAUUUUAUUCAGCUGUGUGGAAGGGGCCAAGAGAGGGCAAUGGAGAGCGCCCCCUCUAGGAGCGAAGAGGGAGCAAGGCAAUGGGUGAAGCUAUUGUGCCUACUAUAUACAGAACCCUUGGCUGGCCCUUGACUGCACUGUACUUGCUUGACCCCCAUCCUCCACUGGAAGAAGCCUCUGUUCACUGGUUCACAAUGUUUGGUUUGGGGCCGUGAUUCUCAAACUCUGACCUUCCAAUACUUCACCUCCAAGAGUCCUUGAUUAUUGGUCAAGGCAUCUUGGACUUAGAAUCAUAGAAUCAAAUCUGUGAUUUGGAGUCCAAAAUGCAUAUUAAAACAGAGUUUGGGAACUACUGUUUGGGGCUUCUACUCCCAGAAGACCCAGAGUGCAUCUACAACAGGCCUGGGCAAACUUUGGCCCCUCCAGGUGUUUUGGACUUCAACUCCCACAAUUCCUAACAGCCAAUAGACUGUUAGGAAUUGUAGGGGUUGAAAUCCAAAAAAACCUAGAACCUGAAGUUUGCCCAUGCCUGAUCUACACUGUAGAAUGGAUGUAGUUUGAGCCCACUUUAACUGCAAUGGCCAAAUGCUAUGGAAUCCUAGGAUUUAGAGUUUGCCAAUCACAUUGUUCUGCAGUAAAGACUAAAGACUUUGCAAAAGUACAAAUCCUAUGAUUUCAUAGCAUUCAUCCAUGGCAUCCUAAAGUGGUGUCAAAUUGCAUUAAUUCUACCAUGUAGAUGCAACCCCAGUCACUUUGGCCAACAGUGAGGAAUUCCAGGUACUACCUGCUUCUGCUACUUUGGCUAACUUUAAGUUGGGUGGGUUGUAUAUUAGUCACCACCACUCCCAACUUCAAUGUUCUAUUACUUGAAGCAACUGCCUCAUUCUGCCUAACCCUAGGGACUUAGGUGUUCAGAUAUCAAUGGUAUGGUUAAUCGACUUUUAAUUUAUUUUAUUUAUGUUCUGCCCAGUGAUUAAAGAUAUAUUAUUAUGGAUGCAACAGGCCAUUCAGGGGGAAAGUGAACAUCUAAACCCCACUGAGAUUACUGUAGUUAAUGGAAGAGUAAAACCCCUAAUCCCCAUUGAUUUCAACAAGACUGACCACACAUAAUCUGGACUAGGCUUGUUCAGUUUUGUCCUCUCUGGAGGAAAUUUUCUGCCAUAGUAUACUUUUUGGUUCAUAAAAUGUUUAUUUGGUUAA